AUGGCAGGUGUUCAAAGCGGACAAGACGGUGCCAAGCAGAAGCGAAAUGUUGAUAUUGAAGUAGAAAUUUUAAGAGAUGUGGUCGUCAGCGAAGGUGGUAAAGUUGACGCCAGCCACAUUAGAAAGAAAUAUAAGGAUAAAUGUGGUAAAAGUAUAUCGAAAAAAACAAAAAUCGCAAAUUUCGUGAAGGAACAUAUGAGUGAUGAUUUCGAAGUUACUCAGGAAAGAAGUGCUACCUUUAUCAAAUUGAAAACGAAAAAUAAAGAUGAGUCGAGGAAUGCUGGGUUACCGAGUUGUAAACGAAAACCGCCGGAUAAAACUAAAGAAGUUCCUAAAAAUCGUAUGGAACGUGAUAUCAAAAAAACCGGAACUGACGCAGUUGUUGAAGCUCUCUCAGAGUCACACCUAGAGUCACAUCAGGAUGACAUGCAAACUUCUAUGAAGAUAAAUAGGACACCUCUGGCCUCAACACACAUUGUGCCAAAUUUACCAACUUCAUUAAAAGAAAAUCCAACUAGGUGCUACUCAAAGAAAUCAUUGGAAGAGGAUACUGACUAUCAACAUGAAUUUCCAAGUUUGCAAAAUUCAGUCCAAACAAUUGCAGCUAGUCAUUCGCCCACAUAUCAGCCCUUACCAGACCCAAAACCAUUACGUAAAACCAGUCGCCAGGUGCAUGAUAUAUCCUCAAAAGCAAAACCUCCAAGUGAAGCUGCAAUAAAAUCUGAGGUGACUAAAAUAAUAGAUGAGUUAUCAAAGAAUCAUUAUGUUGAAGUUGAUAUGGUCAUAAAAAGUCUUCAUGAAAGAUUUCAAGUGCAGUCAAAAAUGGGACUUGGAAACUACCGUAAAGAGGAUAUUCCCGGAGUAAAAGAUUUGGUGAGAAAGCAACGUGAAAUCAAUGCAUCAAUUCAAGCAUUUGUUAUGGUGCGUUCAGUUUCAACUCUUCAUGAACUUGGAAAAUAUCUAGCAAGUCUUUAUUCUGGAGCUGAGGAUUAUCAGGACUUGAAGCUUGGUCCUCUGGUUAAACAUCCUCUAGUUUAUGAGCAUUUCAGAUUUCCAUCCAAUUUGGAUCCACCUGAGAUCACGACACUGAGAGUUAUGAAAUACUUAAAAUUGUUUAUGGGAAGGAAUGGCUGGACGAACAGAGUUGAUACAACCAAGUUUCUUGAAUACUUGACUGAACAGAUGAGUUGUGAAACACCAUAUGAACUUGGCGUAAAAAUUGGUAGCGUUGCGUUGAUAAUUAAGUGUAUUAAAGGCUGUUGCUCCUCUGAAAGUGCAACAAGAAGGGAAGCAGAGAAAAAGCUGAUGGAUGAAAUUGCUGACGAUAUAGAGCAACAGAUGGCAAAAAAGAAGAAAAAAUUACUUGGGUCUUCGAAAAGCGAUCCUGAUGCUCUAGUAAACAAAUUUUUAGAUCUUUCUCCAGUUGUAAUCUUGCAAAAACUCUUUGCAUAUUGUGAAGAUUUAUUUCAAGGAAAAGUUAAGAAAAAAGUCACUGAGUUUGUUAUGAUGUGUAACAACGAUAGACCAAGCCGCAAACUGUUUCAGUUAGCAUUACACAAAGCUUGCAAUAAUUUGGUAAAACCUGUCGAGGAAUUUCCACAAAAAAACGAGGCAAAGAAUACAGUUGAUGUGGACAAAGAGGCAUCGCAGACUAAAAUGAACGAAAGCUUAUCUGGCAAGGCGAGGGCGGGAAUUUCCUGCCCCAAAUACGAGAAACUAUUCAGUGAAGUAAAGCGGUGGUUAGUUGGAAAAUCGUCAAAAUCUGUUGAUGUAAAACAACUUGCAAGAGUGGAAGAGCGUAUUCUUCACUGUUAUAAAGGAUUUACAACAUUUAGUGAACUUGGUCACGGCUCUUUCAUUCAAUUUCUCUCAACGAACAAGGAGUUGGAAGCUCUAAUCUGUUUUUCUGUUCAGUCUGAUGAUAAAUUCCUUGGUAUAAAGAAAUCAGACGUCAUCGAUCUAAUACAACAAUGUGGUGUUGACUCUGAAAAGAAAAAACUACACAAGAUUGUCCAUGCGCAAUACAGAAACCUGAGUACUAGCCUGGAUGAGAAGUCAUUGGAUGCUUUGGUUGCCCGAGCACGUGAACAAGGAAUUCCACAGCAUGAUAAAAUACCCGUGGUCUACGAAGCAUGUUUGGUCGCUGAAACAUUAGACACUGCUCACGUGCAAGGGUCUGACAACGACAAACACAAGAAAUUCAAUCAAGUCGGAGUUCUGGGGCAUCAAAAUUUAGAUAAUGUCCUCGUAUGCCUGUACCAAACACCACUAUUGGAAGACUUUCUUACGUGGUCUGAAUGGCUUAUGGUUUUUGAACCUAUAUAUGGAAACAUCAAGUCGUUUUUGAGAAAGAAUUUAUCUGCUCCCAACCCAAUCAAAACGGGUGAAGAGAUUCAUCCAUGUGACCUCGUUGCCAUAGAGACGCCGUCAGGGUCUUUGCUACGUAUUACGCGUUUGACGUCGACAGAUAUUUUCCUAACAUGUGCCAAACGUGGUGAUGUGAUUGGAACUUCAGGUCAUUUAGUCUCAUUGGUUUUCCAGUACGGAGGAGUGAAAAAGGCGCCUUUAGCUCUGCUAGCCAGCCACAUGAAAGAAGCUUUCUUGUUCUUAUACGCAGAGGCUGAUGAAGAAUCAGCCAAAUAUGUCAUACGUUUUGCAAUAAGAUGCUUAUCACGUGUCCCUCGCAUGAUUCGUUGUGCUCUUGCAAUGGAGAUAUUUAUUGAGCCAUUGAAGUUUGUUUUUGGAAAUACUCAAACUCAAGAAAUGGUUCUAAAAUAUUGUGAGACGUUUGAUGAGAAAGCAAUGUUUCAUUUUUUUGGAAUCAACUUCGGUGUCUUGGAAUGGAAGCAAGAUUUUAUGAAGAAAUUUGAAUUUAUCAAGUCAUUUGACGUGGAAGAAGAGGAUGGCAUCAUCGUGGGAGAGGAAAUCAAAGAAAAGAAGUUGGAACAUUUGAAUAAUCAGGUCAAAAAGGAAUCACUUACUGAUGAAAAAAAUGUUCCUCUCGUUGACGAAAUCGUAAGCAAUAAUGAUGAUACAUGUGAAUUUCCCCCUUCAGAUGAAUAUACGGAGUGCCCAGUGAACUCAAUUUCGAGUGCAAGAGAACAAGAAUGCCAGGCUGUUGUUGAUUCGAUCCGUCGCGAUGAGUUUGGUAUCGGCAUUGAAUUUCCUCCAGAACAUAGACAAAUGAUGGAAAACCAAAGAUCUCGAGAAGGGCGUGGUUUACACAGAUUAUCCAGCGAGUUGUACUCAAAAGACACUCACUUUGUGCUUGAAUUGGUGCAAAAUGCUGAUGAUAAUCGCUACAACGAUAGUCUGACGUCUCCUUCCAUCGCCUUUUUUGUCAACGUUGAUCGGAUCGAAGUUUUUAACAACGAAGUUGGAUUUGAGGAAAGAAAUAUUCGUGCAUUAUGUGAUGUUGGGAAAAGCACGAAAGGGAAGCAACGUUUUGGUUACAUCGGUCAAAAGGGAAUUGGUUUCAAAUCGGUAUUCAGAAUUACUGACACUCCAGAGGUUCAUUCAAACGGCUACCACAUUAGAUUUGAUGCUAAAAGUGGCCCGACAGGUUACAUUCUUCCUCACUGGUGGGAAACGAAGACGGACCCUGCUCUGAAUGACUGGACAACAAGAAUUGUCCUGCCAUUAAAAGACGACAUGAAAGAUGCCCAGAAGAAAACAUUGAUCGCUCGUUUUCACGACAUUCAGCCGUCGUUGUUGCUGUUUUUAAGACGACUGAGGAAGAUUAAAAUACAUGACGAGGCCUCCAACACAACUCGUGAGAUGUCACGGCGUGAUUGUGGUGAUAAAUUGAUUGAAAUUACUCAUUCUGAGGGGGUGGACCUUUGGUUUGUGGUAAAAAAAGAACUCUCAGCUUCAGCUAUGAAAGACGAUAUUGAAAGUACAGAGAUAGCUAUAGCAUUUCCUUUACCACCUCGUCAUUCAGGAGCACCUAUAUCGUUGGAGAAUGUCAAAGCUUUCACUCAGGGAAAGUCGCUGGCCCAUCAUCCAGUGUUUGCGUUUCUUCCCUUGCGAAGUUAUGGUUUUCGUUUCAUUAUCCAAGCUGAUUUUGACGUUCCUUCAUCAAGAGAAGACGUGGAUAAGGAUAGUGCUUGGAAUCAAUGGCUUCGACAGGAAAUCGCUGGCCUUUUUGUUCAAGCUUUCGAUGAUUUUAAGUCUCACGAAUGCUUCCUUGGCGUAGCCUCAAUUGUGCAACUGUUGCAAUUCAUCCCACUGAAAGAAGAAAUCUUAGACUUCUUCAAACCAGUUACACACACCAUUCAUUCAGGAUUAGCUCGAAAACAAUGUAUUCCAGUCCUUUCCAAACAUCCAAACAACAACUCCAUGUUUAACUUCGGUGGUAAAACGCAGCAUCCAGAAACGACGGAAGACGAUGAAGUUGAAAUUAAAUGGGUUUUUCCAUCUCAAGUUGUCAUUGCUGAAGAUUAUUUGAUAGAAGAACUCAUCAGUGACGAGAUUCUCAACCGUUAUCUCAACAAGUAUUACCUUCAUCCUGACCUUAGGUUAUAUCUUCAUGCUCCAUUGUGCAGAGUUCUUGGGAUUGAAACAGUUUCUUGUCAACAUUUGAUCGACAUUGGGAAAAUCGUCGCCAGCGAAAUCGAACUUAGAAUUGAGACACAGCCAGAGGAUACCCCACAAUUCUUUGAAGAAUUUACAAUGUGGGCUGCAAAAUGGUUGUGCGGUGUUUAUCGGUGUUUAGAACGCGAGAGAGAUUGUAGUGAUGAAACGUUGGAGAAAAUUGCUCAGAUUAAAAUUUUUCCAUUAUCCAGAGGACAGUGUACGCCAAUUUUUGGUCAGUCGGUAUUCUUACCGCUUCAAGACAAAAUUAAAGGCGAAAAUGCAAAAAACAAGGCUUCAAGAGGAGCGGCCGACAUCGUGCAUAGAGAGUUGCAUUCACUUCAUCCACUGAUCUUAGAAAGUCUGGACGAUAUUAGAAGAUCCGAAGUGAAAAAACUUCUUGAGAGAUUGCAAGUCAAAUGUCUGACGUCAUAUGAUCUGAUUAAACACCAUAUUAUACCUGACCUAAAGAAAACCCAAGAUAAAUCGGUCAGCCGUCCAGAUGUUCUUUUCAGCUAUAUUGUUUACAUCAAAGAUCAGUGGGAUUUAGACCCAAGUGUAUGUGAUCUGCAAGAAUUGCGUUCGUGCGCGUUGGUAAAAACUAAUAAAGGAUUUGUGAACCCUAGUUUGGAGCCUGUCCAUUUUACUGUCAAAUAUGGAAAUAAAACAAACCUUGAAAAAGACUUUUCAAGUGUUACCUGGACAAUGAUUGAUAAUGGCUACUUUAUCUCCGCGAAAGAAUUACAUAAUUCUUGGGAGAAAUUUCUAUUAGCACUGGGUGUUGUCCACUUUCUUGCCAUAGAAAGAAAAGAUGUUACAUUGAGCAAAUCCAUUCAGUCUAACUCAGUUUGGUCAUCCCUCAAAGAAUUCUGGUCCCAAACUCCUGGAAGUUACAUUGUAAAAGAUUAUGCAUCAAGUGAACUGGAAACAUUGUUAUCUUUUGGUUCAGAUGAGGAGUUGAAGAGGUUGGCUGAACUACUUGAUCAACACUGGGAUGAGAUAUAUUCAAAAUACGCCAAAGAUGUGCCCUAUCUUGAUGAGCAAGGUAAAGUUCUUGGACAAACGUCCUCUUCUUUCUUCCUAAAUCUUAAGGAGAAAUCCUGGUUGCCGACCAAAUCCCAAUCUGGUUCUAAGCAACUCGUUAGAUGUUGUCCGCGUGAUGCGUUUAUGCACAAACCUGAAAUAAUCGAAUUACUUGGUGACCACGCUUUGUAUGCUGGUCCUUCGCUCGUCAAUGAGAAUUUCCUAAAAGUUCUAGGAAUCCAAACUAGUGUGAAAUUUGAUACCUUAGUCGCCGAACUAAUGAAAUGGAUUGGGAAAGAUCAUGAGAAUGAGGACAGUGGUUUCGUCACAACUCUUGACCAUAUGACAAACGUCUACAUAUUCCUGGAUAAACAAAUCAAAGCAAAUGACGAGCGAAAAAAAUACCUCGAGGUUGUCACGAAAAAUAAGUCUGUUGUGUUUGUUCCCAGUGUUGAUGAUCCCUCUCAUUCUCCAUCUCAAAGCAGCUGUUGUAAGAUUCGUGGAACGUUUCUGCCCUCAAAACGCAUGUUCUGGGAAGAUCCUUCCAACUUGAUGCAAGUUUUUUGGAAAGGAAAAUUUGUUGCGACCGAUCCUCGAAGAAUGCUCAAUAGUUACUAUCAAAAUGUUCUAAAAAAUUUUUUUGUUGAUUUUCUUGGAAUCGACGAAAGUCCUAAUUUGAAAGAGUACUUGAACUUGCUGGAAGAAAUCGCCUCUGAGAGUUCUUUAGCCAGUGGUCCAAAUGUUGAUAAUAUUAUGCGCGUUUAUGACGUAAUUGCAACGAAGUGUCUGGUCCAAGGCUCUACAAGAAGUACAGAUUUUGUCAAGAGUCAGCUUCUUAAUUUGAGAGUGUUUCCAACUGAAGAGGAGAACUGGGUGUCAUUGGAAGACAAGCCACUGUUUUGUGAUGAUAAAUUUCUCAAAAAGCUAUUUGGAGAAAGUAAAUCCCAGAAUAAAGAAGAUAUGAGUGAAAUGAAAAAGAAAGAAGAAAAAGUUCACUUCGUGAAGAUGGGUUUACUACCGAAACGUAAAGAGAAAAGGAAAGAAUUUCAGAAUGAGGAGAAGAAGAAUUCCCGCAUUCGAAAUAACGUUGAGAAGUUCUUUAGAGAAGUUUGUGAUAUUUGCAGUCUCUCAGAAUGCGUGACUUCGGAGAUCAUUUCAAGCUUGUCGUCGGAUUGCCCCGCCUUACAGUCGUUUCUGUUUCGCUGGAUUCCGUUCAUCCAACGAUUUAUCUACACAAAAGAUCCUGUAUGUCACGACAAACUUCAAGAGUCCGGAAUGGCUAACACUCUAUCCAAUGUAAAGUGUUUCGCUUCUAAAGAACUAGAAGUUGUCUAUCGUCUGCGAACGCAUCCGAAGAUAACGGUUUCAGUCAAAAAGAAUUGUGGCAUUGAAAACAGUAAUGGUUUAAAAAUUUAUGUGAUUGACGAAAAACUCGGGGACACAAAAGAUCUCAUUAAAGAACUUGCAAAGUUUUUUGUGCCUCCAGAGAAUGUUGGGAACUUGAGCAAUUUUCUUGAUGUCCUGACACAAAAAUCGGAAAAAGUUGUAGAAGAAUUCAUGGAAGACCAGGAACUAGACUGUCUUCCAGACGAUCUUACAGAAUGGAUGGUUCCCGAACCACCGCCAGUUCCAAUUUCCAUGACAACUGAGUCAUAUGACGAAACCCCUUCUCUUGAUACUAUGAUCACUCCAGAGCAACCCACAGUGACGCAGCAAGAGACCAGUGGGGAACUGAGGGGCCUUCAAUGUUGGCCUCCAAGAGCUCCAGGUACCCACAUAGUUAGUGGAUCAGGAGACAAGAAUCCUGCAACAGAACAGGUUUUAGCAGCUUGGCCACUACCUGCUCCACCCGAUGCUUAUGUAAGCCCCAGAGCGGAAGCGCAGGCUCAAACUCAGCAUGAUCCCAGGUUGCUUCAAGACCCAAUGACACAGUACAACUCAGCGAUACAGCCAAAAUACGUACCUGCUGUGGCGUUUGACGAAACGACGGUAGACGAGAGCCACUUACAACCUAGUCAACCCACAAUACAUAUAGUACAGUCUCAACCAGACACCGCGGAAUUUUCUACAGAAGUUAUUGCUAACGUCACCUAUAAUACUGCUAACAACUCGAUGCGAGUGUCUGGUAACGACGUCACGCACCUACCGCACCCUCAAUAUGUCCGUCCAUUAGAACUUAAUGACGUCAGGGUUGAACUGGAGGAGAUUGAAUUGAAAACUGCAUUUAAAGGUACCGAGUUGGUCUCUUUGCCGCAAAGUGCUAACGCUGAAGAGAUCGGUCGUUGGGGAGAAGAAUGUGUCUACACUUUGCUGAAAAGCAAUGAAAAAAAUGAUGAAGUCACUUGGGUUAAUGAACGCCAUGAGUCAGGACUUCCGUAUGAUAUUGUUAUCAAAGCGGACAGUGUAGAAAAAUUCAUCGAGGUUAAAAGUACCUCCACGUCAGAGAAACGUAUCUUGGAAAUAUCAUCGAAAGAAAUUAUGUGCGCUUUCCAAAAGAGGGAAAAUUAUCAUUUAUACCGCGUGUAUAAUGCAGGUAGCCAACACUAUUGUCGAGUAGCAAGGCUGUGUAACCUGGCAUCUAGCCUUGAUGCAAAGUCCGUCUCUUUAUUUAUACUUAUAUAAAAAUCCCACGAUUUUUUAAAUAAUAUUCGUAUUCGAUUUUUUAAUAUGUUACUAGGACAAUCUUUAUCAUGCAAUCGAUAUAAAACACAAUUAGAUAACAUUGUAUAUCUCUCAGGUGCAACAUAAAAUGUUGGCUCUGUUUUAGAAUUUUACUGGACAAAUUAGUAUUUUAAUUAUUUCAAUUAGAGCCCAAAAGA